AUGUCGUCUGCAUCCAUCCUCGUCCUCGGCGCCGGUGAAUUGGGCAAUGCCGUCAUCAAUGCCCUGACUUCACACCCCAAUAAGCCAGCAGCCAACAUUGCCGUCCUUCUCCGCUCCUCGACCCUCAAUUCUCAAGAUCCGCAAAAGCAGGGCCAGAAUAAACGACUUUUAUCGCUCGGAGUGGCACUCGAGGCGGGCGACGUUGAGGCGGCUUCUGUUGCUGAAUUGGCUCAGAUCUUUGGGAAGUAUCAUACUAUUGUUUCUUGUACUGGAAUGUACUUAGCACCCGGCUCUCAGCUCAAGCUGACGCGCGCGGUGCUCGAGGCCGGCGUCGCCCGCUACUUUCCCUGGCAGUACGGCAUCGACUACGAUGUCGUCGGAGGGGGGAGCGCGCAGGACCUGUUUGAUGAGCAGCUCGAGGUGCGAAACCUGCUCCGUUCGUCAGCAGCAUCGGCGUCAUCGCCCGUGGACUGGGUUAUUGUCAGCACGGGACUGUUCAUGUCCUUUCUGUUGGUCCCCGAGUUUGGACCGGUGGAUUUGAAAAACCGCGUCCUUAGAGGCCUAGGAAACUGGGACACGCCCGUCAGCGCCACCACGCCGCAAGAUAUUGGACGCAUGGUCGCUGAGAUCGUCUAUGAUCCCCGCGACGUCAGCCGGCAGGUAGUCUAUGUCGCGGGUGACACGGUCACGUACGGACGGGUUGCGGACCUGGUUGAGGCCCGAUUCGGAGGGUCCUGGACUAGAGAGAUCUGGGAUUUGGACUUUUUGCAAAAGAGGUUGCAGGCUGAACCAGAUAAUGGCAUGGUCAAGUACCAAAAUGUCUUUGCAGCGGGUAAAGGUGUUGCUUGGGAUAUGUCCAAGACAAUCAACCGGCGGAGAGGUAUUGAUCUGGAGGAUUUUGAAACAUAUCUCAAGCACAUUGAUGCCUAA